UGGCAAGCCAGGCUAUGCCACGUUAUCCUUGCACGCGCAGAUACACACAUCGUGUAAAACAUGAAGCGUGCGCCCCCACCUGUCUCUCUCUCUCUCUCUCUCGAUGUUAGAGCAGAUGUCGGCUUGCGAAUCGGGCAUCGCAUGUUCGAUCGUCGUGCCAGGCCCCUUCCUGUGAGAGCUCCCCCUCUCUCUCGAGGAGGGCAUGGUGCAGACCUCGCCAGUUGGAGGACACAUCUGCAGAAGCAUGCGCAAGUGCAAAAAAUGGAGUGCCCAAAACGAGGUUGGGCCUUCAGCCCACACACUUUCCGAAGUCGGUCGCUACUUGUUUCCUCUUGGUACGAGCUGCAGAGGAAAAGCCUCCAAGGUGGUGGGCGCCAGCGAGGAGCACCACCCCGCCCCACGCGGCGGCGACGCGGCCAAGCCGGCGGAAGAGGCCACUGGCUACUUGGAACGGCACCAGCUGAAGCAGGUGAUGCAGGCACUGCUUCAGGCCGUGCUGAAGGAGAAGCCCGUGGACCCGUGCCAGUUCAUGGUCCAGAUGCUGCAGAACACCCUGGCGGCCGCGGCUGGCAAGGCGUGCCGGCCCACCCGGCCACAGAGCGCGGGGGCCACGGUGCGGCCGCGCCCCUCGGAGCAGGCGGCGCUCGCCGAGCUCGAAUUGGAGCCCUCCUGCGGUGACCUGCUCGCGGCCGCGCCGCGCCUGCGGCGGCAGCCGGCCGGCAGGGCCCGGCCCUUCUCCGCGGGCCGCAGCAGGGCGACGCCGGCGUUCUCCACCGUCCCGGAGCACGCCCCCGUGUUGGAGGGCCUUCCGGCCCGCCCGCGCUCGGCGGGGGGGGCGAGCACGGGCGGCGGCUCGGCGGCCCCGCCG